AUGGCAAAACGGAAGGCUCCGAAAAAUGCCAGAAUUCAUUACAUUCCUGCGGCAAUAAAACACGAUGGGCAUGCGCAGGUAGAGAAGUACUUUGAGUGCAGUCGACUAAAAGCUGCCGAUGGCAGUGAGCAUGCGAUGUUAAGAGGUCGAGGUUUGUGUGGCAUGACUCUUCGGCCACCUCAAGGGUACAAAAUAUUCGUCACUCAGCCGAAACAACCUCUCAGCGAGCAAGAGGACGCAGACGAGUGUAUCGACCUGCGAGUUUUGCAGACUGCGGACGAUUUUACUUAUUGGAACUGGGACAAGCAGCCAACGUCCAUGGACGCCGUUCAGAAAGCAUUUGAAUGGAUCGACGUGGCUUCGGCGCUGUGUAACUCAGACGGCGAAAAAUCAUAA